AUGGUAGACGCUACGGUGACGAACGGCUCCAAUCCUGGCGGCGUGCAUAGCGACCCUCCGGGGUACACCGUCAAGGAAACGCCUCUGGGGACUCCUCGCCCGCUCCGAGUGAUCACAAUAGGCGCUGGCGCAUCCGGCCUAAACCUUGCUCGCCAAAUCGACCUGCACAUGAGUGAUGUGGACUUCACGAUCUACGAGAAGAACCCAGAUAUCGGAGGCACCUGGUACGAGAAUCGAUACCCGGGCUGUGCCUGUGACAUUCCUUCCCACAACUAUCAAUUCACGUGGGAGCCCAAUCCAAAUUGGUCGACGUUCUAUGCCCGUGCUCCCGAAAUCCUAGAAUAUUUCCGAGAUGUGGCCCGGAAGUACGAGCUCUACCGAUACAUCAAGCUUAGCCAUCGCGUCAUUGCCGCGGAAUGGAAUGAACCUGGGGGUAUCUGGCAGCUCCAAAUCGAAGACUUGACCACCGGAACUGUCUUUGAGGACGCGUGCCACUUUAUGAUCUCUGCAUCGGGCAUCCUGAACAAUUGGAAGUGGCCCGAUAUACCGGGCUUGCAUUCGUUCAAAGGACAACUUAUCCAUAGCGCUGCGUGGGACAACAGCGUCGACUGGCGUGGAAAGAAGGUUGCAGUUCUCGGAUGUGGCUCCUCUGGAGUGCAGAUUGUACCGACCCUUCAACCUGAGGUUGAACACCUCACUACCUUCAUCCGUACCCCAACGUGGAUCACCGCUGGCUUUGCGCAGAGCAAAGCUGGACCCGGAGGCGCAAACUUUGAGUUCAGCGAUGAGCAGAAACAAAAAUUCCAGACAGACCCAGAAGCCUACCUGCAAUAUCGCAAGGAGGUUGAGCAAGAACUUAACAAUCGGUUCAAAUUCAUAAUUAGGGACAGCCCCGAGCAGGCCGAAGCCGUUCGAUUUUCCAUCGCCGAAAUGAAGCGUAAGCUCGGCAAAGACUCGCCUUUGCUGAAAUACAUGAUUCCUUCCUUUGCUGUUGGGUGCCGCAGACCGACCCCGGGCAACGGAUACCUCGAAUCCCUCACCAAGGACAAUGUGCGAGUGGUCACCUCGAGUAUAUUGGAGAUCGUACCAGAGGGUAUCAAGUUGGUGACCGGGGAGGUCAUCUCUAUCGACAUCUUUGUCUGUGCGACCGGAUUUGAUAUCUCCUUCCGUCCACGCUAUCCUGUCCGUGGUAUUAAUGGUAUAACACUGGAAGAGCAGUGGAAAGAUAAACCCGACGCUUAUCUCUCGUUGGCGGCGCCCAAUUUCCCUAACCAUUUUAUGUUCCUGGGUCCUGGAGCCCCAAUCGGGCACGGAUCGGUCCUCCCCAUUACUGAACAUGCAACAAAAUAUAUCGUCCACAUGAUUCGGAAAUGUCAGACCCAGGAUGUCAAAUCGGUUGUCGUUUCGCAAGAGGCUGUCGACGACUUCAACGAGCAUAUUCAGGUCUUCAUGAAGCGAACCGCUUGGAGUACUCACUGCCGAUCCUGGUUCAAGAACGGUACAGUCGAUGGACCCAUUGUAGCACUGCAUCCAGGAAGCAGAGUUCACUGGUUUCACAUGCUAAAUGAACCCCGUUAUGAGGACUAUAUCUGGCGGCGAGAGCACGUUAAUCGGUUUUCCUACCUGGGCAAUGGAUUUUCUACCAAGGAAGGGGAUGGAAAAGACACUGCCUUCUAUUUCAAUAACCCUAGUUCAGGCUUUGAGUUCAUCGAUCACCUGUGA